ACUACUUCAUAACAACUCUCCUUCCUCUCUGCCGCAUCAUUCCCUUCUCCCCAACCUUCACUUCCACCACCAGCCCAAGAGAGCUUCGCUUAGCAGAGCAGGAAAUGGCUUCCGCUGGGCUGAGGAGCUUCGCUGUUGUCUUCCCGAGCCUUCUCUCCUCCUCAAAAUCAAAGUUCAAUGGCUCAGUGGCUCUCCCACCUGACACAAAGGCUGGGUCUCGGUUCUCCAUGACCGCCGACUGGAUGCCGGGGCAGCCCCGCCCUCCGUACCUCGACGGCUCGGCUCCAGGUGACUUCGGGUUCGACCCGCUUCGACUUGGAGAGGUACCAGAAAACCUGGAGAGGUACAAGGAAUCCGAGCUCAUUCAUUGCAGAUGGGCAAUGCUCGCCGUUCCAGGAAUUCUGAUUCCAGAAGCCCUGGGCCUCGGGAAUUGGGUGAAGGCACAAGAAUGGGCAACAAUCCCUGGCGGCCAUGCUACAUAUUUGGGCAAUCCAGUACCAUGGGGCACCCUUCCCACCAUUCUCAUCAUCGAGUUUCUUGCCAUCGCCUUUGUGGAGCACCAACGCAGCAUGGAGAAGGAUCCUGAGAAAAAGAAAUAUCCCGGUGGAGCCUUCGAUCCUUUGGGAUUUUCUAAAAACCCAGAGAAAUUCAAGGAACUCAAAGUCAAGGAGGUCAAAAAUGGUCGGCUCGCGUUGUUGGCCUUUGUGGGAUUCUGCGUGCAACAAUCGGCUUAUCCUGGAACGGGACCGUUGGAGAAUCUAGCUACUCAUCUAGCCGACCCAUGGCACAAUAAUAUUGGCGAUAUCAUCAUUCCAAGAUCAAUUGUGCCUUAAUAGAUCGCUGAGAUUGUAUAAUUUUGCAUGCUUAAAAAAUGUGUAAAAUAUGUACUACGUGCUUCAUAGAUGUACGAGAAUGGACUGCCUGCCAACUUGUUGCAGCUUGAUGGUUGAAAUUGCACGUCUUUUGACAAACUAAA